CCUCCCUUGUUAUGUCUCUCGAGAGGCUCUGUGCACAUGGGCAUCCUCAGUGCGUUUGGGAAGUCGACUGCACCCCUCUUUCUGACGCCUACUCUUGUCAAUCUCGCGAGUCAAGCAGUUAACGCCAAGUCCGUUUGGCCCAUCUCGUGCCUCGGGCCUCUGGCCGCCUCUGCUAUGUCUGCAGCUCGCACCUCCACUCGCAGCCCCUCUGGGAGCUGUCAGGCUCGCCCUCACAGACUCCCGACGCGCAUUUGUCUGCAAUACAACAAUGCACCUUGGUGUACAAUGGCUGGUCACACGUCGCCCGACUCACGCGUAUACAGCCUCAGAGUCCUAUGCCGUGCUAUGUCGAGACGAUGUGUGCAAGACCGAGAAAUUAAACUGGACGAUACUGCCAAGGCAAAAUCUCGAGGGUCGGGCGUCGGACAUCAUGGGAAUAGAAUAACGCCGGGUGGUGGCGUCUCACUGCAUACCUUUGAGGACAAACAAAGGCUUGGCCUCAGCUUGCUGCGUAAUGCGCUCGAGCGCGAUCUACACCAUGUCCCAUGAUUCAAUGAUUUUGCCCGCUCCCGAGUCUUCCAAAUCCUCCGGUCC